AUGUUGGACUGCCGAUUGCGUGGUGUGGAUUGGAGCCCUGCCGGCCUACUUGCGUUUUGCACUCCAGCAACAAUGAAACCAUCCAGUACUUCUCUCAACACGAGAUCGGAGCAACUGAUAAAAUACUGGGAGGGGAGAGAUGAAAGGUCUGCGAUGACUAUGAGACGUGCAGCCUGGUCUUGGUUACAGUCAGGAAUCAAUACAGACGGAGCACAUAACUUUCCUACAAGUAGGCGGGUGCAAAAAGGAGACAUUCUUAGUCUGAACUGUUUUCCUAUGAUAGCAGGCAAUUACUCAGCUUUAGAGCGCACCCUCUUCUACGAUCACGUGCCUUCAGACCGCCACAUGGAACUGUGGGAAGUCAACAACAAGGUCCAUCGCCGGGGAUUGGAAAUAGUUAAGCCAGGCAAGCGCUGCAGUGAUGUCGCACGGGACCUCAACGAAAUUUACAUGGAACACAACAUUCUGCAGUACCGUGUCAUCGGGUAUGGCCACUCUACAGGCAUUCUUUCUCACUACUAUGGGAGAGACUGGGGUCUAGAGUUUCUUGAGCACGUGGAUACCGUAUUGGAACCCGGAAUGGUGAUUACUAUGGAGCCUAUGAUUGUGGUUCCCGAGGGACAACCCGGGGCUGGCGGGUACAGGGAGCAUGACACGUUGAUUAUUACGGAGACUGGGGUCGAGAAUACAACCGCUUCGUUUCCCAUCGGCCCUGAACAAAACAUUGUAAAGAAUUAA